CAUAAAGUCUCAGAAUCUCUGAGGGCAAACCUUCACAGUGAUCAGCUGUGCAGUGUGCUGAGCAGAACAACAUCAGGCUUAUUUUUCUUACACUUCACUGUAUUGAUGGCAACCUUUGAUGACCUGCUGGAAGAGGCCGGUUCUUUCGGCCACUGUCAGAAGCGAAUCUUCGCCCUGCUCUGUUUCUUGUCGUUGCCUUUUGCAGGCGUGUAUGUUGGCAUCGUCUUCCAGGGUUUCACCCCGGAUCACUGGUGUCGGGACCCGGCGGUGGUGGAGAGGAGGCAGGCGUGUGGCUGGAGCCUGGCAGAAAGUCGAAGCUUGACGGUGCCUGUGGACAACAGCUCUGGAGUGCAGCAGUACAGCAGCUGUGAGCAGUACGAGGUGGACUGGAACAACACUGGGCUGACCUGUGGCACACAGCAGCUGAACCUGAGUGAAUUUUCAAUGACAGCAUGCAAGGAUGGCUGGGAGUAUCACUAUGAAGGCAGGAAGUCGUUUGUCACAGAGUUCAACGUGGUGUGUUCAGAUGGGUGGUUGGUUGAUAUGUACCAGUCCACCCUCAAUGUGGGCUUCCUCAUCGGCAGCUUUGCCUUUGGAUACUUUGCUGACAGGUUUGGCAGGAAAAUGAGCUUCCUCGUGUCCAACUUCAUUAAUGUGGUAGCAGGAAUCGUGUUGGCUGUGGUUCCAAACUACAUCUCCAUCCUGGUGCUCAGGGUCAUCCUCGGCUUCAGUGUCAAAGGAGGCUGGAUGGCCACAUAUGUGCUACUCACUGAAAUCGUUGGAGUGAAAUACAGACGCACCGUAGGCAUCUUGUACCAGAUGUUCUUCAGUAUUGGGCUCCUCAUCCUCCCUCUGCUCGCCUACUACAUCACAGACUGGCGCUGGCUCCAAAUUGUCACAACUGCACCCUAUGUCCUUUUCCUAUCCUACCACUGGCUCAUCCCAGAGUCUCCAAGAUGGCUUAUCUCUCAGAACCGUUCUGCCAAAGCUAAGAAGAUCAUGGAAGCUAUGGCCAAAGAGAACAAGAUGGAAAUCUCCAGCUGUUUUGAAAGACUAACGGAUGACGAAGUUGAGUCCACAUCUGCCUCUUUGUUGGAUUUGAUCAGAACUCCAAAUAUGAGAAAACGCACUCUCAUCCUCAUGUUUAACUGGUUCACCAGUGCUGUGGUGUAUCAGGGCCUCAUCAUGAGGGUGGGGAUAGCAGGAGGAAAUAUUUACGUUGACUUCCUCAUUUCUGGUUUGGUGGAGUUUCCUGCUGCUUUUCUCAUCCUUGUCACUAUUGAGCGCAUCGGCCGGCGUCUCCCAUUCGCUACAGCCAACAUUGUCGCUGGAGCUUCCUGCAUCAUUAUUGCCUUCAUCCCCGACAGCACGUACUGGUUAAAGACAACAGUGGCCUGUAUCGGCCGGAUGGGGAUUACUAUGGCCUUUGAGAUGGUGGUAUUUGUGAAUACUGAGCUCUAUCCAACAUUUGUGAGGAACCUGGGAGUGUCGGUUUGUUCCACCCUCUGUGAUGUUGGAGGCAUAGUGUCUCCGUUUCUGCUCUACAGACUGGCUGCCAUUUGGCUGGAGCUGCCAAUCAUUAUUUUUGGAGUCGUGGCCCUUAUAGCCGGAGGUUUGGUGCUUCUGCUGCCUGAAACUAGAGGAGUUUCUCUCCCAGAGACCAUCGAAGACAUCGAGUUCCCUGAUCGAAAAAAGAAUGCAGAGGACAACCAACAAAUGAAGAAACUUACAAAAUCUUUUUUAUUGGAAGACUAAAAGACAACUGGAUGACUCUUUUAUUUCAACCAACAAAAAUAAGAAGACUGUCUUUUUUUUAAGUACAUUUUCUGUAAAUGAUGAGUGCCCCAUAUCCUUUCAAUUAAAAUACAUUUUUGCUUUUACAGCCUAAACUUAAAAACCUAAACCUAAAACCAGGUAUUUGUUCUGUAUGAAGAAAUUUUCUCAAAAGAAAAAAAAAACAAAAAACAAACAAACAAAAAAAAAAACCCACCUGACAGGUAUCAAGUAACAGUAACUUUAAUCACAAAUGGCACACAUACAUUUAGACAUCCCCAAAUAGCACAACAAAUUUGAUGGUGGAUAGCUUUUAGUUGGCUUUCAUGGUUUCAGCGAUCCAGUCCACAAACUUUGAGACUCGAGCGUAGACGCCAGGUUUCAUGGCAUUGGCGCAUCCCAAACCCCACGAUGUCACGCCCUGCAGGAUGUACCUGUUCUGUGAAUAACAAACCAAAGGACCUCCGCUGUCGCCCUGCAGGGAGAAUACAGACAUAUUUUACAAAUCCACUCUCUCAUUUAGUGAAAAAUAGGAUAAUAAGAGCUGUGUAGGACAUAAAGUCAUGAUAAUACUGAUUAAAAUGACACUUCAAAAAGGAAAACUUCUCCUCUAGGUAGUUUCUUUGUCAGUCAGUUGGUUUGUUUAAUAAAAGUAGGUGCUUAGAGGAAGAAAAACAUUUACAAAAACCUGAGGAACAUGUGUUGUGAUGUCAAAGAUGACAUUUAUAUGUUAUUUGAAAGAAAGCAUCUACCGAUGUUUGCAUGCAACGCAGCCCUCAAGUUUUUUGUUCUCUGGAAGGGGCUGCUUAAUAGAAAGCAAAUAUCUACAUUAGGAGACUUUUUUCUUAUUAACCUCUCAGCUAAGAACUGAAACCAGAAAACCUUUACAUGAACUGAGUAUGUGAGGAUAGCAGGUAAAACCAGCCGCAUAUGUAUGCUGAUCUACAGUAUGCUUUUCAUUCAUGCUGUAAAUGAACAUUAACAGAAAGUAAAAGUACAUUUGGAGCCUCUUCCACCAUUCAUGACUUUGGGGUAAUUACAUAUGGACUACAAGUCAAGGGUGCAAAGAGAUUUGGCACAAUACAGCUCUGACACCAACACUAAGUCAGACACCAACAGUAUAUUUAAAGUUGUCUUUACCUGGCAGCUGUCAGUUCCUCCUUCGAUAUUUCCAGCACACAUUUCAUGAUCUUUGACUCUGCCGUUCAGGUACGAUGGACGAUUACAGACCUUAUUCUCAAUCACAGGGAAGCCAGCUUCCUUCAGGACACCUUCACCCCCUGUGCCUGCAACACACCUGCAGUUAUCCUCUUAUACUCUGCAUUUUAAGAUGAGUAUCACAGUUACAGUGCACUGUUCUAUCAUACAUAGUGUCCACUUUACUUAUAGGCUAUUUUUUGUGUAUGCAUGAGUUAGGAUGGUAUUUAUUUGAAAGAA